AUGUCUAACGAAUUGGAUCUUCUAAAACAGCAAGUUGCAGAAUUGCAAGAGUUGGUUAAACGCCAAAGUCUGAUCAUUUCGAAGACUGGUCAAAAUGUUCUGGAGUUGCAAGUUUCGAAGCAAAGAUCUGACGUUAAUUCGUUUGGUAAACCAGCUGCGACCAAGUCGAGCGUCGCUCAAUUGGAAUCCGCUGAUUAUGCUACAAAUGAAGAUUUAGUGCAAUUGGUUGGGGAACUACAAGGACAGUUGGAGACUAUUGAAGAGAGAUCUAUAAGGAGAUUGGUAAACUAUAGUAAGACUGAUGCCAAGGAUCUUCUGUCUCCAUUGCCAAAUGCGGAUGCUGAGAUUCCAGUUGUUGGAGAUGGUUUAUUCCCUCGUUCCUUGGGCGACUUUGAGAAUCUCUCCAAUGUGGCAUUGUUUAGACUAGCAAAGUUCUACGAAUUGAUGCCUCCUAGCUUGAAGGAGCAAGAACACUUUGAGAACUUUUUGGAGGGCAAAGUCGAAGAAUUUCACAUUAGCGAAUUGAAGGAUGAAGAAGUUAAGAAAGAGUUGGAAAAAUACUCUUCAGACCAAUUAGAAGAUAUUUUUAAUGAUGUUGCUCGUUACUUGGGUCUCAAAGUUAGAAGAGGUACUUCAAAAUGGUAA